AUGAACAUCCUAGAAUGGGCCUUCGGCAAGCGCAUGACGCCUGCCGAGCGUCUACGCAAAAACCAGCGCAUGAUCGAUAAAGCAAUCCGAGAACUAGAUCAAGUGCGAGUUAAACUAGAGAAGCAAGAGAAAACCCUCGUCGGCCAGAUUAAACAGAGUGCGCAAAAGGGGCAAAUGGGGGCAGCUAAGAUCCAAGCGAAGGAUCUGGUACGCACGAGAAGAUAUGUCGAGAAGUUCUACGGGAUGAGGAGUCAACUACAGAAAAUAUCAUUACGACUACAGACCCAUCGAACCAACGAGCAAAUGAUGCAAGCAAUGAAAGGAGCUACGGUAGCUCUUGGCAGCAUGAAUAGGUCGAUGAACCUACCCGCAUUACAACGUAUCGCCAUGGAAUUCGAACGAGAGACUGCUAUUAUGGACGAGAGGCAGGAGAUGAUGGAUGAUGCGAUUGACGAUGCGAUGGACGUUGGCAUAGAAGAGGAGGGUGACGAAGUUGUGGAGCAAGUCUUAGAGGAAAUUGGUGUCGACCUGAACCAAGCCUUCGGAGAGACCCCGACAGGCCUUCAAUCCGAGAAAGUCCCUGAGGGUCGGAUUGCCCAAGCUAUCGGUGGCCCUAGCGGCGGUGGUGGAGACCCCGGGGAUGACGAUCUCCAGGCUCGCCUUGACAGUUUGAGGAAAUAA